GAGGUCAACUACCAAUGCCAACAAAAAAAAAAAAUCUCCAAGAAAAGAAACCCCCCACAAACCUUGGGUAUCAAAUAUGACGUGCCUAGUCUAUAAUUCAAUGACCCCGACGUCUGCCACCUUGGUCAAACAAGAUAGCACUUCGUCCAUAAGUUCGUCGAUAGAGAUCAUCGAUUUCUCGCAGGAUUUCAACGGGAGACAAUGCCUUGUAUUUGCUGCCCCAUUCUUGCAUCGUUUCAAAUGGCACAGGCUGCCCGCCAUGCCUUGUGAUAUGCCGAUGAAGUAUCUCGCGCUGAGCGAGUGCCGCGUCGACCAAAUGCUCAACAUUCUCAACAACGCCAGGCAUUCGAGCAGUAGCAUUAUUGAGCCAGUCAGUACUCAUGGGAACUGCACUUCUUUGAACAGCAUAUUGCCCCGCUUCUCGUAUCAGUCGGAGACGCGACCCGCUCAGGACAUGGCAGAAGAAGUCUACGUCGUACGUAGUCAUCCGUGA